GGCGCAGCCCUUGAUACCAUGACUCAGAGCUUGGCGUACAAGGGUGUGAGGAAGUGGAUAACGCGACCUGAAAGACCGCGCACGACGCGCCAUCUGAAGCUGAUCGAAAUGGCGAUUAAAGAGGAGUGCAACCUGGUGGUCGUCCCUGGAACAGUUUGGCUCUCGCUGAGGAAGGACCCGGUUAGCAGGAGAACAAGGGAUUUCCUGUGGAAAGCAAUACAUGGUGCUCACCGGACGGGGGCGUACUGGGGACAUAUCCCUGGAUAUGAAGGGCGCAAGAUGUGUGGACCGUGCGCUCAGGUGGAUGACAUGUGCCACAUCUUGACUCUGUGUGAAGCGGCAGGUCAGGCUGAAGUGUGGGCGCUGGCGAAGGAGCUCCUACGGAGGAAAGGCAUCCGCACGCCCCAAGUCUCACUUGGACUUGCGCUGGGCGCGCAUAUAUUCACGGUACUGGAUGGCGACGGAAUGGCUGUGGUGGACAAGACAAGAAUGGCGAGAAUUAUCCUCAUGGAGGCCACCCAGCUUAUCUGGGCCCUACGGUGCGAGCGGGUGAUUGGAUGGGAAGAGUUUCCGGACAGGAGACACGCCCCGGAGGAGAUAAGGCGACGGUUUGAAGCUCGAUUAAACCAGAGACUCUCCCUUGACCAAAGUGGUACGAACAAAAGGGUGCAUAAGAAGAAAGCGCUGAGUUGUGCGAGAGUAAGAGCAACAUGGCAAGGACUUCUCAAGGACGAGCACAAACUCUCGGAAGACUGGCUGACUGAGACGGGGGUUUUAGUGGGUAUG